AUGUCUAUCUUCAAUUCAGUUCUCGGCUCGUUCUCGCCUCCGCCGCGGUUUAGAAAGUCCUUCGAAGACCCGCACGCGCGUGAACAUGAGCUACCACUAUACAACUCUCCGCCAUCUCCGCGAAUACCACCGCCUGUGACUUCGUCAGUACUAUGGAACGCUCCAAAAACUAGCCUGUCUCCGCCUCCACGCGUUCCUGACGGCCUGCUAGCUUUGCAGCGGCGAGCUAGAUACCUCGAACAACAGCUGCAAGAGCUACUCGACGCACAAGCCGAUGGUCUAAUGGGUGGACGUGGCGCUGGAGAUGCUACACCGGAUGAUCUUGUAUCGAACGGAAGCACUACACCAACUGUGAGCAGCGUCCGGUCGAGCGAUCGAGGUGCGGAGAACGGUAACGGCCAUAACGGAGCACGGAGGAAGAAAGUGGGGCUAAAUGCAGCGAGACAAGGCAUAUCUAGACGGAUAAGACAGCUUGCCAGCGUCAAGUCUGAGGAGCUUGAUCUUUUAGACGAGGACCUGAGGAAGCUGCAAAGCACAGUAGAGAAGACCGACGGGUGGAGUCAGAAGCGCAUACGGCUGGAAAAGAAGAUCAGAGAUAUAGAGAACGAGGACGCUGGCGCAAAGGCACAGAGCUUACAGACGGAAGCCUCGAAGCUAGAGCAGGAGAUUCGCCAGAAAGAAGAGGAACUAUGGGCGCUCAAAAGACGACAUCGAAAGGUCUUGGACGAACUGGCUGAUACAGAGAACUCGGUGGAAGCGAAGUUGGCAUCGUACAAGACAUCGUUGUCACUGUUAGAUCGUGAAGUUUCCAAUUUCCUUGCGCGACCUCCAAACGCGGAUCACGUUCCAAUGUCAUCAUCACCGUUCCUUACACUACCUGCAAAACGGCGGACGCUCGACAUGGCGCGCGAAUUCUGGCAAGACGAGUACACAAGACUGGCUGAAAGGUGUGAGAAGGUUGAUACAGAUCGAGGUGCGCUUGACGAAGGUGCACUUUUGUGGGCAGAUGUUUUGAAGAGGGUCGAAGACUAUGAAACAAGCCUACAGAACUCUAUGCGACCAACGACACGGAAGAGCACCCCUGAUCCCACCAGGCUUCUCGAGCAGAUGGACGCAACCAUUACCUACCUAGAGGAGAAGCUAGAGUUUGCUUCGUCGCGAAGUUGGAAUUUGUUAGUUUGCGCCAUUGGUGCCGAGCUCGAAGCUUUUACACAAGGCAGAAACAUGUUAGAAGAGGCUCUUGGUUCGAAACGAAAGGGUAAAGAGCGAGCUACACAACCGCUGAUAGACCAUGAUGGCUUUGAGACCAAACAACCAGAGGAGAUGACAGGGUCUGCUAUAAGGAUUGGUCGUUCUCCGCCGAGACAACCUACGCCGCCCAAGCAGACGUAUUUUGACUCCGAAGAUGAGGAUCCAGAUCCCGAGCUUAUGAUUUCGCAUCAGGAUACCGAUACUGACUGA